AUGCCAGGCCGCCUCGAAAAAAAGAUCGCCGUUGUCACCGGCGCAUCCUCUGGCAUCGGCCGUGCCAUAUCUCUCGCCUUCGCCUCCCAUGGCGCGACAGUAAUCUGCUCCGACCUGCGCGAAGAAGCACGGAUUCCCGGGCCCUCGGGCGACGCCGACUCUUCCCAACCCAGCACUGUCUCCGCCAUAACAUCAUCCGGCGGGACCGCCAUCUUCGUGAAGUGCGACACGACCUCCGCCUCGGACGUGGAAGCGCUUGUCAAAAGCGCAGUGCAGAAAUACGGCCGCCUAGACAUCAUGGUCAACAACGCCGGCAUCGCCGUCGAAACAGGGUCAUCCCACGGCCCUCGCCCCGUGUGGGAAUACGACGAAUCCGCGUUCGAGAAGACGCUGGGCGUCAACGUCAAGGGCGUAUUCCUGGGCAUCAAGUACGCGGCCGCCGCAAUGAAAGACCAAGAUCCCCACCCCAACGGCGACCGCGGCUGGAUCGUCAACCUCGCCUCUGUGUUUGGACUGGGCGGCGGCCCGAACUCUUCGGGCUACAUCACGAGCAAGCACGCCGUCAUGGGGUUGACCAAGGCGAGCGCCUGGGACUGCGCGCCGCACCGUAUCCAUGUCAAUGCGCUGUGUCCUGGGUACACGCAGACGGCAUUUACGGCGCCGAUUUGGCAGGAUCCCGAGGCGACGCAGAGACUUGAAGCGAUGCAUCCGUUCAAGGGAUUGGGUACGCCCGAGGAUGUUGCGAGGGCGGCGGUGUUCUUGGCAAGUGAGGAUGCCGGUUGGGUUACUGGAGUGGGAUUGCCGGUUGAUGGGGGGUAUAGCAGUAUGUAA